AUGGAUGAAGAAGACGAAGACGAAACUGGUUCUGCGUCAGAUUUCUGGGCUAUUCUCCAGCACUGGGCGGUGGGGGCGCUGUUUCUAACCGGAGCAGGAAGUAGCAGUGUCACUAACUUCCGACUGCUGCUGCUGAAGAAAUCUUCACCCAGCUGGAAAAAACCAUCGUCCAGUACGAGGAGGAGAUCGACCGGCAGCGGAGACUGCUGGACCUCACCUGGAGACCCCGAACCGAGCUUACAGCGAGCAGGCGUCCAGCAGCGUCGUCUCUGCAGUGAGAAGGACGUUUUCACCCAGAACCAGGAGAGGAUCUCUGGACCGGAACCUCUGAAUGAGGAACCAGAACUUCUCCGGAUCAAGGAGGAACCAGAUGAUGAGUGCAGCAGCCCGGAUGAAGUGCAGGUUGUCCUGAAGGAGGAGGCUGAUGCCAGUGAGGAACCAGACCUUGUUGAUUUGGACCCAACCAGAGCCCAGAACUUCCCUGGAGUCACUCUGGAGGCUGAAGAACAGGAAGGAACCAGCAGGAACAAAGAGCGGCAUCCAGGUAGAGAGGCUAGAACUCCCAAAACGGAUCAGAACCAGCACUUCUGUAAAACCUGCUCUAAGGGUUUCAGCCAGAAGCGCUAUCUGACCAAACACCUGAGGGUCCACGCCGCAGAGACGCCCCUCACCUGCCCCACCUGCAGCAAGAGCCUGAAGAACCAGCUGAGCCUGACAGUCCACCUGAGGAGCCACUCAGGUGAGAAACCGUUUCCCUGUGCUGCCUGUGGGAGGCGCUUCGCCCACCAGCUCAGCCUUAGUCUCCACCAGAGGGUCCACUCAGGUGAGAGGCCAUACAGGUGCCAGGUGUGUGGAAGGAGCUUCCUGAGCAGCAGCAACCUGACGUGUCACCUGAGGACGCACACAGGUGAGAAACCCUUUCAGUGUCUCACCUGUGGGAAGUGCUUCAGCCAGAGGGACAACCUCAAGAGACAUGUGAAGAUCCACCGUGGAGAGAAGCCGUUCCACUGUCCCACCUGUGAGAAGAACUUCUACCAGAAAGGUCAGCUAACGGCCCACCUGAGGACUCACAGCAGCGACCGGCCGUUCCCCUGCCCUGUCUGUGGGAGGGGCUUCUGCGAUAGCCACGAUCUGUCCACUCACAUGAGGACCCAUACGGGUGAGAAGCCGUUCCCAUGUCUCACCUGUGGAAAACGGUUCAGUCAGAGAGGGAAUCUAACCAUUCACAUGAGGACACACACAGGCGAGAAGCCCUUUGAAUGUCUGACCUGUGGAAAGAGUUUCUGCCAGAAAGGCAACCUGACGGCUCACCUGAGCACCCACAGCAGCACCAGACCCUACGUUUGUCAUGUCUGUGGGAAGGGCUUCAGCGAACGCUGCGACCUGUCCACUCACAUGAGGACCCACACAGGUGAGAAACCCUUCCAGUGCCUCACCUGUGAAAAGAGCUUCAACAAUAAGUUCAACCUGAUCGCCCACAUGAGGACGCACACUGGUGAGAGACCCUUUCAGUGUGGGACCUGCGGGAAGAGCUUCUGUCAGAGAGGGAAUCUGAACGUUCACAUGAGGACACACACAGGCGAGAAGCCGUUCCUAUGUCUCUCCUGUGGAAAGCGCUUCCAGAGGAAAGGUAACUUAAUUGCUCACAUGACAACACACAGCUAGCUGGGGACUCUAGCAUCCCCUUGAACACUCUGCUCCGCCUGGAGGCGUCUUCUUCAGCAACACCUGGAGGUGCCAUGAUGGACAGGACUGGUCUAUAGGUGGGUCUCCAGGACCUCAGCAUGUUCCCAUGUCUGUAGUUCAGAGAUGGACUAAUUGUCAUGUUCGGGGGUCUGAAAAGUUUUUUCUUGUAGCUCUCUGGGUGCCUAUAAUCCAUAAAUAAGAUAUGGUGAUAUAUGAAGAAUUUAUUUCUCCUGUUUCUGUUUUCAGCGUCUUUAGUAUAAAAAGGUUUUUUGUAUAACUGUAUUUGGAGUAAUUUCAAGGUUGCUUCAGCUAGCUGUUAGCUUUAUCUAGCUGUUAGCUUCCUUUUAGCUCCAGCUUGUUAGCUUCCUGUUAGCAUCAGCUAAGUGAUAGCGUCCUGUUAGCUUCAACUUGUUGUUGGCUUUUUGUUAGCUUAAACUAGCUGUUGGCUUCCUAUCUGAAUUAAAGUAAUUAAAGUAGUCUUCUUAACAGAGACAAACAGUUGAAAUAUAAAGUUUUAUUCAGUUCUUGCGUUGUUGGAAUCUGUAUCCUGCUUCCAGUCAUUUCAUCUCCUUGUCCCAAAUGUCCUGUCUCGAGUCCCAAAUAACAAAACUGGAAUUACUUUUGAAGCGAUUAUCAGUUCAGUAACUGAAGGUGUUCAACUAACUCUCCUGAAGUUCCUCCGGUAACGUCCUCCUGGGUUGUUUUCUGACAUAGAGGAGCAACAUGUUACGGUUGUUGUUAUCAAGCUAACCUUAAUGAUUCUAUGGAAUAAACAAAGUGUUCUUAGCUGAACAGUCAGCUGUGUGUGUGUGUGUGUGUGUGUGUGUGUGUGUGUGUGUGUGUGUGUGUGUGUGUGUGCGUGCGUGCUGAUUAUUUGCAUCUGGUGAUUAAAGUUCCAAUUCAAAAUCAAUAAACCAUCAGGUCUAACCACAUUAGGUUUCAUCACUGAUUGAACAAUCAUUCUUAUGAACAUGGAUGUGAAUUGUUCACCUGCUUCUGUAUCCAUUUCUUCAUUAGUUCUGCAGUCGGCAGCAGCAGCCUGAAUCCUGUCUUUCACUGGGAUGUUUGAAAAUGUUGAACAUCCUCUGGUAAAAUGCUUUGGACAGCCUGCAGAGGGCGCUACGAGGCUGCUGCAUCUCUAACUGAUCCUGACCGCCUUUAGUGAUGAAGGGAUGAUUAGUUCAACCCUGACUGGGUAUUUCUCUCUCCUCUCACGUUAAAACUGAAUCUUAGUAUCAACAUAUUGAUUCAUUGAUUGAUUGGUUUCAAGUUCUGUUGACUUUAGCUGAUUAGUUUUCCU